UUACACGUGUUUUUUGUUUUACGAAAUUUGUCAUUAAAGGUGCUGUUUAAACUAAAAUUUGUAUUGCAAAUAAUCGGUUCUACGUAAAGACGUAGUUUAGUGUGUUAAAAGUUAAUAGAAAUGUAAGUAUUUUCUUAAUUGGGUAAUACAAUUUUGUUUGUUUGACGAAGGACAUGUGUCUAGUUUUUAGAUAUAAUGGGUGGGUGUGCCGCUGAAGGAUGCAGCAAUUCCGCAAAGAAAGGUUUCUUGAUGAAACGAUUUCCGAGGGACCCAAAAAGAAAGCAGGAAUGGAUGGAAUGGAUAAUCAAAAUGAAAAAAGGCAACUGGCAACCAACUGAUGCAAUGCGCUUAUGCGAAGUCCACUUUGGUCCCGAGAUGUGGGAAAAGACCCGCGUAGAUGGAAAGCGUGUACUAAAAUGUAAUGCUGUUCCGACAAUGUUUGCUUUCUCCAAAUCAACAUUAACAAGAAAAGCACCUACACCAGAAAAUACGUCAGUCCAAGAAUUAAAUCAAACCACGGAUUAUGGUAUCAGUGAUCCAGAACCUUUAACAUCAGCGGCAUCAUCAGACAUCCUUUCUGUCACGUUAGAUGAAAAUAUUCGAGAAUCGUCACCGUCAACCUUAACAGCUUCGACUUCAUUCAUUGAUGUUCAUAAAGACUGCAAAUCUAAAUUUUUGCGAUAUGAAAAAAUGUAUAUAAGAGAAAGACAAAAGGCCAGACGGUACAAACAAAUGUUAUGUAACAUUAAGAAGGAAAACAAAACCUUAAAAGAUAAGGCAAGCAAUAUUCCAGAUGAAUAUCCUAUAUUAAGAAAUAUUUUUAAUGAGGAUCAAGUAGAGGUUUUGAAGAAACGAAAAAGCAACCGAUCAAUUGUGGAGGUAAUGGCUAUGAGGAGCUGCUAA